UAUGAUCUAUUCAGCUGCUUUCUUAGUUGCGGCUAUCGUAGCCGUACAGGCGUUGCCGCCUCGAGUUCCAUGCGGGCCUGACGUUCCGCCACCAUACGUGGAACAGUCCUACACUUCUGCAAGCAGCCAAAGCAGUGCAAGUAGCAGCAGCAGUUCCAACAGCUAUGUGGCUAAACAAUAUGGCGGCACUUACUCUGGAUCCAGCAGUCAAAGCCAGAGUUCAUCAAAUGCAGCUAGCAGUGCUUAUGCUGAAAAAUACACGGUUAAAGGAAAAUACCCACCUAUAGUGGGUCCACCUGUGGUGGGUCCACCUGUGGUGGGUCCACCUGUAGUGGGACCACCUGUGGUAGGACCACCUGUGGUAGGACCACCUGUAGUAGGACCUCCUGUGGUAGGGCCACCUGUGAUAGGUCCACCAGUUGUAGGACCACCUUCAAGUGGCAGCGAUUCUGGAAGUAGUUCCAGUUCUGGAAGCUGGUCAAGUUCUGGGUCUAACUCCAACUCUGGCAGCAAUUCAGGAUCUGGCUCAAGCACAGGCGCGAGCAGCUGGACUGGCUCAGGAUCAAGUACAAACUCUGGAAGCAAUACUAACUCCGGAUCUGGCACAUCUUCCGGCUCCAACACUUCAUCCGGCAGCUGGACCGGCUCUGGCAGUAACACAUCUUCCGGAUCUGGCACAAACUCCGGAUCUGGCACAUCUUCCGGCUCCAACACUUCAUCUGGCAGCUGGACCGGCUCUGGAAGCAACACAUCUUCCGGAUCUAACACUGGAUCCGGAUCUGGCACAUCUUCCGGCUCCAACACUUCAUCCGGCAGCUGGACCGGCUCUGGCAGUAACACAUCUUCCGGAUCUAAUACUGGAUCCGGAUCUGGCACAUCUUCUAGCUCAAACACUAGUUCUGGCAGUUAUACCGGCUCGGGAAGUAACACAUCUUCCGGAUCUGACACCGGAUCUGGUUCCAAUACUUCUUCUGGCUCAAGCACUGGCUCCGGAAGCUGGACCGGCUCUGGCAGUAACACAUCUUCCGGAUCUGACACAAGCUCCGGAUCUGGCACAUCUUCCGGCUCCAACACUUCAUCUGGCAGCUGGACCGGCUCUGGCAGUAGCACAUCUUCCGGAUCUAACACUGGUUCCGGAUCUGGCACAUGUUCUGACUCAAAUACAGGCUCCGGAUCCAACACAUCUUCUGGCUCCAACACCAGUUCUGGCAGCUGGACCGGCUCUGGCAGUAACACAUCUUCCGGAUCUGGCACAAACUCCGGAUCUGGCACAUCAUCCGGCUCCAACACCAGUUCUGGUAGUUGGACCGGUUCUGGAAGCGACACAUCUUCUGGAUCUAAUACCGGAUCUGGUUCCAACACAGGCUCUAGUUCAAGCACUGGCUCCGGAAGCUGGACAAGUUCCGGAAGCGACACAUCCUCCGGAUCUAACACUGGUUCCGGAUCUGGCACAUCUUCUGGCUCAAACACCAGUUCUGGCAGUUACACUGGCUCGGGAAGUAACACAUCUUCCGGAUCUGACACAAACUCCGGAUCUGGCACAUCUUCCGGCUCUAACACCAGUUCUGGCAGCUGGACUGGCUCUGGCAGUAACACAUCUUCCGGAUCUGACACCGGCUCCGGAUCUGGCACGUCUUCUAGCUCAAACACUAGUUCCGGCAGUUAUACCGGUUCGGGCAGUAACACAUCUUCCGGGUCUGAUACCGGACCUGGUUCCAAUACUUCUUCCGGCUCCAAUACAAGCUCUGGCAGUUGGACCGGAUCUGGAAGCGACACAUCUUCCGGAUCUAACACUGGCUCCGGAUCUGGCACGUCUUCUGGCUCCAACACCAGUUCUGGCAGCUGGACCGGCUCUGGCAGUAGCACAUCUUCCGGAUCUGGCACAAACUCCGGAUCUGGCACUUCUUCCGGCUCAAACACUAGUUCCGGCAGUUGGACCGGCUCUGGCAGUAGCACAUCUUCCGGAUCUGACACAAGCUCCGGAUCUGGCACAUCUUCUAGCUCCAACACCAGUUCUGGCAGUUAUACCGGCUCGGGCAGUAACACGUCUUCCGGGUCUAACACCGGAUCUGGUUCAAACACAGGCUCCAGUUCAAACACUGGCUCCGGAAGCUGGACCAGUUCCGGAAGCGACACAUCUUCCGGAUCUGGCACAUCUUCUGGCUCCAACACCAAUUCUGGCAGUUAUACCGGCUCGGGCAGUAACACAUCUUCCGGAUCUAACACAAACUCCGGAUCUGGCACAUCAUCCGGCUCCAACACUUCAUCUGGCAGCUGGACCGGCUCUGGCAGUAGCACAACUUCCGGAUCUGACACCGGAUCUGNCAACACAAAUAAAAAAAAAAAAAUCAGGUGUCAACAGCAGCAGCAACUGUAG